GCUACAGCAGGUGGCGGUGUGCAGCUCAAGGCGGCAUUCCGGUCCACCAUUAAACACAAAGAAGCUGCCCAAGACGAAGAAGAUGGAGAAGAAGGAGCGCCGUCCUCCGUGUUUUCUCGGGUUUCUGUCCACGGAGCAGCAGCGGGAGAGUUAAUAAAGCUGUAAGACAGAAACAGCAGCAGUUGGUGAACUCUGGAAAGAAGAGAAACGGUUUGAGGCUCAGCUGGAACUGCUCAGUAACUGUUAAAGGAAAGUUUGGAGAGAGAAAAGCUAGCAGAGAUGUGGAGACAGCAGGUCAAACAGCGACUGGAUGCAGCAGAGGAGCAGGAGGUGGAUUAUAAUCCGCUCGACCGGCUUCACAGAUUAGUGUUCCCUGAAGAUGUUCAGAAGCUGCUGGUUAAAGAAGAACAGAGUCCCGACCUGGACCGGGAGGACCUGGAGGACCGGGAGGACCAGGAGGACCAGGAGGACCAGGAGGACCUGGAGGACCGGGAGGACCAGGAGGACCGGGAGGACCAGGAGGACCUGGAGGACCAGGAGGACCUGGAGGACCGGGAGGAUCCGCUGCCCGUCCACAUAAAGCAGGAGGAGGAGGAGCGCUGGAUCGGUCCGGAGGAAGACAACUUGGACGACGCCGCCACCAGGUUUCCAGUCAUCAAAGUUAUUGUUAAGAGUGAGGAUGAGGAAGAUGAUCCUCUGUUGUCACGGCUUCAUGAAGAGCAGAAGGAGAACGGAGACGUUCCCAGCAGCAGCUCAGCGGAGCAGAUGAAAGCAGAGGAUGGUGGAGGAGCAGAACCCAGCAGGAUUCAUGCCGACGACUCCAACUCUUCAGAGACUGAGGUCAGCGAUGAAGAGGAUGAUGGUGUGGCGCAUCCUGACUCCCAGCUGAACCUCGUGAGCAAAGAGUGGAAGGACAGCGGCGCUCCAGAGUCCCGGACUGGAAGCGCCGUGACAGUGAAGUGUUUCAUCUGUGAUGACUGUGGGAAAACCUUUAAAAAGAAACAUUACCUCAACGAGCACAUCAGGAGCCACACGGGGGAGAGACCGUUUGGCUGUCCCGUCUGCGGACAGAGGUUCAGUCUGAAGAAAUGUCUGAACGUUCACGUGAGGAACCACUCUGGGGAGAAACCGUUCUGUUGUGACGUCUGUGGACAGAGGUUCAGCCUGAAGAGAACGCUGAACGAUCACCAGAGAAUCCACACGGGGGAGAAACCGUUCCGCUGCGAUGUUUGUGGGCAGAGUUUCAGCCUGAAGAAGACUUUAAAUGACCACCAGAGGAUCCACACGGGGCAGAAACCGUUCAGCUGCGACGUCUGCGGGCAGACCUUCAGCCUGAAGACCACUUUAAACAGACACAUCCAGAUCCACACCGGGCAGAAAGCGUUCCGCUGUGACCUCUGUGGACAGAGGUUCAGACAGAAAUCCACUUUGAACCGACACAUGACGAUCCACACGGGACAGGAGACCUAUCCCUGUGAGGUCUGUGAACAGAAAUUUGAGCGAAAGACUCAUCUAAACAUUCACAUGAGAGUCCAUGCAGGGCAGCAGGCGUUCUGCUGCGACGUCUGUGGACAGAGGUUUGACCGCAAGUCCAACCUGAACAUCCACCAGAGGAUCCACACCGGACAGAAACCGUACUGCUGCGGCUUCUGUGGCCAAAGGUUUGGCAGGAAGUCCAAUUUGAACCGACACAUGAGGAUCCACACAGGGGAGAAAUCCUUCUGCUGUGAGUUCUGCGAACAAAGGUUCAGCCUGAAGACGAGCUUAAACGACCACCUGAGGAUCCACACGGGAGAGAAACCUUUCUUCUGUGACGUCUGUGGUCAGAGGUUCCGACAAAAGUCGACUUUAAAUAUUCACAUGAAGAUCCACACCAGGCAGAAGUAAAGUUCUGCUUGUGGGGAAUCAUCUGGCUCACAGCCAGAGGUUCUUCUGGUGUGGGAACGGUCCGUCCUCCAGGUCCGGCAUGCUGCGGGUUCCUGUUCCCUCCCUGGUUUCUUACUGCUGAAUCAAGUGAUGGUUGAUCAGCAGAACCUCAGAGGUAGUUGAACCGUUUCAGCAGAAACAUGUUGCAGGACACCCUCCAGUCCUACAGCAUGAUUCUUUAUUAUCCAGCUGCAGAGGAAUAUUUCUAGUUCUAUAUUCUGAUAUUAUCGUCUAGCUGUUGAGAGCCGUGGUGAAGAAGUUCCCACAGAGUUUGUGGGAACUUGAUGUCCUUUCAUUUCAACAUGUCUUCAUUUCUAAAACCCUCUGGAGUUUCAUCCGUCGGGUUUUUCUGCAGAACAUGCAGAGGAAACAUUUUUUCACUAAAAGCUUAAACUAUGAAUGUGAUGAAAUGUUUAGAAGAUUUUCAUCUUUGCUCAUGAAUGAAUCUCUGGUGCAUGAAAUGGUUUUGCCAAAGUCUUAGUUUAGGAAAAAUAAAAGAAUAUAUGAGAACUUAUGUCAAGGAAAACUAACCGUCCAGACGGAAAGUUAAUAAUUACAUUUAUUCUCAUUCUGUUUUCUGAAGACAAUAAAAGAGCUGAAAUAUU